AACGCCAUGCUCAGGAAAGUGGCCGUGGCGGCCGCCUCCAAACCGCACGUGGAGAUCCGCCAAGACGGCGACCAGUUCUACAUCAAGACCUCCACCACCGUCCGCACCACCGAGAUCAACUUCAAAGUCGGGGAGAGCUUCGAGGAGGAAACGGUGGACGGCCGGAAAUGCCGGAGUUUAGCCACUUGGGAGAAUGAAAACAAGAUCUACUGCAAACAAACUCUUCUGGAAGGUGCGGGCCCCAAAACAUACUGGACGAGAGAACUGGCCGGAGACGAGCUCAUUUUGACCUUCGGUGCGGACGAUGUUGUAUGCACAAGAAUUUACAUAAGAGAGUGAAAAAUACCAGCCAGCAUCGCACGCGUGGGGGAUGAAGGAGCGGAUUAACAGGCAGAUGUUGUGCG